AUGUCGCCGGAACUUGGCGCCUACGACGGUCGGAGCAGCGGCUUUCUCUCAUCCAAAUCAAAAGGAAAGGGGAAGGAGAAAGCAAUGAGUGAUACUACACUAGAUGAUAUUUCUUCCAUGCGCAAUAUCGACCCCAAGUUGGGCACUACGCCGGAUUUCCGUAACCAGGCGCCACUAUCAUUUUCUUCUGAACUACCUGGGUCACGUUCUCCUCCUACUUCGCCUUCGCGACGCUCCAGAGGCAGCUUACUCAUCGUUGCGUCGGACGCCUUGGGCCUCAAAUUUGGCCGUCGUCGCAAGUCUAUUCGCCAACAACCUCCUAUGCCCUUCGUACUUCCAGGAGUAAUAGAAAUCAGUGCACCGCGCCCGGAUGCUGAGCUCGAGGAGCGUCAGCAGCUGAGGGAUGCCGCUGCUCAAGCAAUAGGCCUGACUUCGUCUCUGUUACAACCCGAUCCACCACCACCGCCCUUGGAAGAAGAAGAAGAGCCAGAGCAAACCGAGCGUCAAGAGUAUCUUGUACAGCCCGAGGCCCGGACUGCGGAAAGUGCCGCGGCGCCAAGGUCUCCACAGCAUUCUGCAUUCUCUCUACCGCUGCAUCCACGCUCAGUCCAUAGUCGCUCAAAUUCCAUUGCUCCUAUACCCAUUCCGCCGUUCCCCUCUUCUCCUGCCGCCUUGUCCCAAUUCGUGCAGGCCUCGGCCUCCCUGCCGAAGUAUUACGCGCCUCCUUCUCUUCGAAUAUUCACCCUGUCGAAACAGUGGAGGAGCCGCUACCUAGUAUUAUCUUCUCCCGCGGCACACGUAACAACUAAUUCAAGUCCCACUGUAUCGUAUCUGCAUCUCUUCAAAACAUCAAAUGGCGAGGAGAAGGAGCUGGAGCGGCUCGAGAUCAAUGAAGAUAGCGUGGUCUUUAUGGCAGAAGAAGAAGUUGGUGGACGGAAACACGUCAUCAAAGUUGGCGGCGUUGACGUAGGUGCUUUGAAAAAGGAUUUGAACCCUGAAGAGAGCGGUCGAACAAUGUGGUUUCUGCAAAUUGUCAAUCAAGCCGAAUCUCAACGAUGGAUUACGAAUAUCAAGCAGCUGAUAUUCGGUCAGCGGGCUGUACGUGCGGGCCUAGGAUCUCCAGGCAGCACAUAUGGAAUCGUGGAACCGAAGGGUGACAUGGAUGUCAUGCUCUCAAUGCCAAAUUUAAUGUGCAAGAGUUCCUACCGUUCAGGCUUAUCCCUGGGACGUGUAGACCAAACGUAUUCUUCAACAUCCUCAUCGCAGUCUACCCAUUCACAAACGCCUGCUGCGAAACCUGCUCCUGCCGGUGCCGUGUCAACUCUGAAGGGUCUUUUCACCAGUACGACCCGCCCGCGCUCUGGAUCACGCUCAACGUCCAUCGAUUCUGAGAGAGCUAGUAAUAAUCCAGCGGAAGACACGUUCGGCUCCAUGGGAAGUAACCUUCUCAGCAUGUCUUCUCAUUACCCAACAUCACCUACGACGCUCGGCACGCCAAUUAGCGAAAGAUCGCGGACAACUGAUACACUAACAAGCUCAUGGAUAUCACCCGCACCCACAGUAAACAAAGAUAGGGCUACCCGUGCGCUUUCAAUGGGCGCUGUUCCUUUACAACCACCUCCUCGGAAGCGCUGGACUACCUCGGGUGCCCCCUCUCCGCUUGCCAACGGUAAUUUAUUCGGAACGCCUGAGCAAAAAGCCCGGGAACCGUCUAUCUUGUCUGUCUCCACACUCGCAUCGGGGCAUUCGUCGAGCGCAAGUACCAAGAGGAGCUCGAGCGUCAAGCGAUGGUCACGACAGUUACCAAAACGUCUGACUCCUCCUAGUGGACCGCCGCCGGCUAUACCCUUGAGUCAGUCACCAACGCGACCACAUCCAUAUGCUAGUGUAGUUGACCGGCCAACCAGCCGGAACUCUACGUAUUCUGCGACGAGCGGCAAAAGCCUUGUAAUCCACCCUCCCUACUUUCUCGAAGCGCGCGUCUGGAGGCUCUGCAUUGAGCUGUCAACUACUACGAGCACGUCAUAUUCACAUAACAGCGGAUCAAUAUCUCACACACGUCCUGCUUCAUCUCACCGCGCCUCGAUGCCACCUCCACGACCGGCGCCUACUACUGCACUUCCUCCUGCCCCGGAUCAGAGACAUCAACGUGACUCGACCAGCCGCGGAUUCAGGCUGUCAUUAAUGGUGCCCAAACCGCCACCCGUGGGUCAACUCCCACCUCGCCCGGACGAGGCAGAACGCCGGUCACGUCGAGCCAGCGCCGGCGUGGCCAUGAAAAGCGAUUUGUAUACUAUUCCAUCUUCACCGAAUCCCACGAGUGCCCCCCUUCCCCCACCGGUUCGUCCACUUCCUGAACCCCCGGUGAAUCAAUUACCUGCUUCUGCACCUCCCGCUUCACGUACUACUUCAUUUAAACAACGACUUCGCAUUCUGAGCGCACCUUCGCCUCUACAUAUCAGUAACGGAUUCCAUACACCAUCGCCACGAUCACGUCAUUCUACCAUGUCCCCACCGCAUACGCCCUUGUCACACAUAUCCACGUCUUCGCCAUCAACGCCUAUCAGCGAGAAAAUUACUUAUAUGCAGAACGACCACAGCUAUCUGCAAUUGUACACGCCUAUCACGACCUCUAUGCCCAUUCCCAAAAUGCCCACGCCAAAGGUCCACGUUCCCAUCACGAUCGAUGACGAACCGCAACUGAGAUCUCUGUCUCCCCCUCCUCGCCGUAUAUCGAAGCAAGUAGCCGUCCCAGAAAAGGAGCCCGUAGCUGCUUCUCAGGAUCGCAGUCUCCCUAUCUUACCGGAGAACAUUCCACUACCUCAUUCACGCCACGGUUCUGUCGUCUCACUGGGCAUUCUAACCAUGUAG